AGGGGGGGUCUUGGCGGCCGGAGGAGGAGUAGGUGCGGGUGAAGAUGGCGGCAGCUGAGGCCGCGAACUGCAUCAUGGAGAGUUUUGUAGCCACCUUGGCUAAUGGGAUGAGCCUCCAGCCGCCUCUUGAAGAAGUUUCUUGUGGCCAGGCAGAAAGCAGCGAGAAGCCCAACGCUGAGGACAUGACAUCCAAAGACUACUACUUUGAUUCCUAUGCCCACUUCGGUAUCCACGAGGAGAUGCUGAAGGAUGAGGUGCGCACCCUCACAUACCGCAACUCCAUGUUUCACAAUCGGCAUCUCUUCAAGGACAAGGUGGUGCUGGACGUGGGCUCAGGCACAGGCAUCCUGUGCAUGUUUGCUGCCAAGGCUGGGGCCCGGAAGGUCAUUGGGAUCGAGUGUUCCAGUAUCUCUGAUUAUGCUGUGAAGAUCGUCAAAGCCAACAAGUUAGACCACGUGGUGACCAUCAUCAAGGGCAAGGUGGAGGAGGUGGAGCUGCCAGUGGAGAAGGUGGACAUCAUCAUUAGCGAGUGGAUGGGCUACUGUCUCUUCUACGAGUCCAUGCUCAACACUGUGCUGCAUGCCCGAGACAAGUGGCUGGCACCUGAUGGCCUCAUCUUCCCAGACCGGGCUACCCUGUAUGUUACAGCAAUUGAAGACCGGCAGUACAAAGACUACAAGAUCCACUGGUGGGAGAACGUGUAUGGCUUUGACAUGUCCUGCAUCAAAGAUGUGGCCAUCAAGGAACCUUUGGUGGAUGUGGUGGAUCCGAAGCAGCUGGUCACCAAUGCCUGUCUUAUAAAGGAGGUAGACAUAUACACUGUCAAGGUGGAAGACCUGACCUUCACCUCGCCUUUCUGCCUGCAAGUGAAGCGGAAUGACUAUGUGCAUGCACUGGUGGCCUACUUCAACAUUGAGUUCACCCGUUGCCACAAGAGGACUGGCUUCUCCACCAGCCCUGAGUCUCCGUACACGCACUGGAAGCAGACUGUGUUCUACAUGGAAGACUACCUGACAGUGAAGACAGGCGAGGAGAUCUUUGGCACCAUUGGCAUGCGGCCCAAUGCCAAGAACAAUCGUGACCUGGACUUCACCAUUGACCUGGAUUUCAAGGGCCAGCUGUGUGAGCUGUCCUGCUCCACUGACUACCGGAUGCGCUGAGCCGGCGCCCAGGCACCCAGCCCUACCAUGGCUGGGGCGUUCUUAGGCGAUUUCGGGGUCCCCUCUCCUGGCCUUCCAUAGUAGGGGCUCAGGGGCUGGGCUUGAGGGAUGGGAGGGCACGUCGUGACUGUGUUUUUCAUAACUUAUGUUUUUAUAUGGUUCUGUUUACGCCAAUAAAUCUCAGCUGGGACUGGUCGGCUUCCUGGGGUUCCCUCUAUAGGUGCUGAACUGCCAUCCACAGCUACCCUGGGGGCAGGGCUUGGUGUCUGUAGCCAGUGCCCUGUGCCCUAGGACUUCCCUAGACUCUUGAGUGUCUGCCUUCCAGGGAUCUCAGGAACUUUGUCUCAACUGUUGCGUUAUGGGACUCUUGGGGCCUGUGUACUGCCUUAGGGUAGGGGGCUCCCAGCACCCCUGCCUCGGGUUUCCCAAAACACUCCCUUCCCAUCACCACCAUUGAAUAGUUCCUGCCCGGCUGAUUUUUCCUGUCCUGGUUCCUCCAAAGCCAGGCCAGGGUUGGCCAGCAGUGUAGAACCCCUGUUCUACCUAUGAGCUGAUUUGGAGCUGGGUUUUGAGGGGUAGCCUCUGUGGGUAACAACGGGAGGGGGUCUGCAUAAGAUAGUGCCCUUCCUCCUGUUCUACAGACCUUUCAUUUCCUAUCCUGCCUGUACCCCAGAGCCAGUUCUUUGGUACCUGCUGUAUGUACUUGGUCCACAGUUUACUUACCUUGUGUGGUUCUAGUUUCUGCCUCCCAGCCCCAGUGAGCCAUUCUGCCAGGUCCUGGCCCUCCAUAGAUCCCAUGCUCCCAGCACCACUUACUCUCUACAGGGCCCUGGAGGGAUAAAGGCCGCUGCCUAAUCUCCAUCCAGUGUUCCUGGAGCUAUCUGCUGUGUCUGGCCUUGCCCCACAUUCCCACUUUAAAGCGGUUUCCUCUCAUGAGGCCUCUGUAUCCUUGUAACCUGCAGAAAGUAGGGAUUUCAGUAGGUGUGGCCUGGUUUGAUUUCCACUAGUCAUAGAGUACUAUGAACAGACCUGGCCAACAGAAUGGCUAUCUAUGUACCUCUUACCCCCUGCCUCAGCUGUGGGGGCUCCAGAUUCCCAGGGCAAGUGAAGGAGGGCACGCUGUAUCCCACACCUGCCCCUGUUCUGCAGGUGUGGGAUGGGAUGAGUGGAGAUGUGUAGUUUCUGGGCUAGAUGUCUAAGACCACAGACAGCCCAAGGGCCAAGUCACUGGCUAUUUCCGCUCCCUGGUUGUGUGCCUGUUCUACUCCGUGCUGUCCCUUAGGACUAACAACCUCAUGGCUAUGGACAAUGCACAGCUGGCUGAGUGACCCUGGGAUCUCCCUACCCUGGCCUCAGUAUGCUCAUCUGCUUGCUGGGACUGCUAUCCAAAUAUCUCCCUUUUACAACCGUCCUUUAACACUGGGUCCACAUCCUCACUGUCUUCGGACCCAGCCUGAGCAAAGUCCCAACGCCCAGAGUUGAAUAAAACACAAGUUCCAUGUC